CCAACGGGCGCCGCCAUCUUGUCCGCGACGGUAUUCGCGCGGGGCCAAACCUCCUCUGGGGCGUGUGAUCGCCUUUGGGGGAAGGGCAGGGAAAAGAAGCGGCAUGGUGGGAAUCGCGGGCGGUCGGAGCCCGUCGCCCAAAGAGGACGAGAAGGAGGACUUCGCUUUUGCAGAAGGGCUGCUGGACACCGUUCUCGGUUCCCUGUAUGACUUCGGUGAAUCACCACCAGGGAAAUGCAAAAAGAAAAGGAAUAAGAAAAGACACUCUCAACAGAUAACAGCAACAGUGGCCAGCCCUACUACAUCAUUUGUCAAUCCUGAACAUGGUACAUCAUCUUCAGACAAGAGGAAAAGUGUGCCCAAUUUCUUUGACAAUUUGAAAGAUGAAUUGGCAAGUGUUAAUGAGAAAAAAUGUGUCUUGGGUUCCAGUUCCCCUCAUCCACUCCCAUUCAAAAGUGCCCAAGAAGAAAAGGCAACACAUGUUGAAGUUGUGACAUUCCAGAGUCGACACAAAAAGAAGGCUAAACUAGAAAUUCCUGGAAGUAAUGAUUCAAAG